UCCAGUCUUUCGGUGUAUAUAUACACGGACGCACGAACACGACCCAGCAGCCGUGGCAUCCAAUCCACAACAGCCCCAUCCCAUCCCAUCCAUCUCCCCUGCAAAACCCCCAAAACCAAACGCAACGCCCCUGGCUGGGCUGGAGGGAAAAUCGCCGGGAAAGCAGCAAGAUCGGCCGGGUGCGCGCGCGGCAAAAGCAAAAAAUCAAACGCCAGGUGCGCGCUAAAUCAAACCCGGAAGCGGAGAUUAGGCGAGCGAGUUUCGAUCUGCGCGUCCAGGGCUGUGAUUUAUAGGGUCCAGGCGUAUUUAGCAAAGGACAAAACAGGGUGAGUCCCGGCUAAUCAGGAUCCGUCGACGCCCCUGGCUGCCGCAUUAGCCACAUGAACACCCUCGCUAAUCGGGUUAUUACCACCACCGUCACCACCGUCGCGCGCGGAGGCGGAGGACGACCGCCUGCCACUUCCCGCCGCCGCCCAUUGCGGAUCUGGCGCGCCGCGGCAAUGAGCUCUUCCUCCUCUUGUUCGUCCUCCUUCUCCUCCUCCAGCGGCGGCGGGUCGGGGUGGGGGGAGGAGGGGGAGAGGGCGAGGACGCGGCUGGUGGUGAUCGUCGGCGCCACGGGCACCGGGAAGACCAAGCUGUCCAUCGACGCGGCGCGGGAGCUGCGCGGCGAGGUCGUCAACGCCGACAAGAUCCAGCUCUACGAAGGCCUCGACGUCACCACCAACAAGGUGCCGCUCGCCGACCGCCGCGGCGUCGAGCACCACCUGCUCGGCGCCGUCCCCCCCGAGGCCGGCGCGCUCCCGCCGUCCUCCUUCCGCUCCCUCGGCGCCGCCAAGGUCGCCUCGAUCGCGGCCAGGGGGCUGCUGCCCGUCGUAGCCGGCGGGUCCAACUCCCUCAUCCACGCCCUCCUCGCCGACCUCCCCGACGACGACGGCGCCGCGCUCCCCGAGGACCCCUUCUCCCUCGACCGCUGCUACCGCCCCGCGCUCCGGUACCCGUGCUGCCUCCUCUGGGUGGACGUGGAGGAGGCGCUCCUCGCCGAGUACCUGGACCGGCGCGUGGACGACAUGGUGGGCGCCGGCAUGGUGGAGGAGCUGCGGGACUACUUCGCCGCCACCACCGCCGCGGAGCGCGCCGCGCACGCCCCCGGGCUGGGCAAGGCCAUCGGGGUGCCGGAGCUGGGCGAGUACCUCGCCGGGCGCAGGAGCUUCCGCGCGGCCGUGGACGACAUCAAGGCCAACACCCGGCGCCUCGCCGCCGCGCAGGUGUGCAAGAUCCGGCGCAUGGCCGACGGCUGGGGCUGGCCCGUGCGCCGCCUCGACGCCUCCGCCACCAUCCGCGCGCGGCUCGCCGGGGCCGGCCCGGCCGCCGAGUCGGCGUCCUGGGAGCGCGACGUCCGCGGCCCCGGCCUCGCCGCCAUCCGCGCCUUCCUCGCCGACCAAACCUGCUCGCACGGCGAUGACGCCACCGCCAUCGCCAUCGCCAAGGGCGUGGACGAGCCGGCGCCGCUGCUGAUGCGGCUGCCGCGGAUGCAAUGCUGCGACAUGGUGGUGUGAGCCGCUGCCGCUGAGAGACGGACGGAAGGGGGGCUUUGGGGAGGAGGGUUUUGACCGCCGAUUUUUG